AUGAAAUUUUAUCUUUUUUUGGCAAUUCUGUAUAGUAUUGAUGCAAAAAUAAAUUAUCCGACAGCUUGUGACUGCAAUGAACAUGUUAAUUAAGAGUCAUGUGAAGCACAUCUAUGCUUUUGGAAUUAAAAUGAGUGUAGAAUUCCAGAAUGUAAUGAGAGAACUUUAGAAAAUUGUAUUAAGGGCUCCUAAUUUUUGAGCUCUCAUCCAAAAUAUUGCUAUAUUAAAAAUGGUAAUUGUGUCGAAUUAAAUAAUUGUGAGUAAUUGCAAAUAAUCAAUAAUCCAAAAUUAGCAAGGGAAUAAUGUUAAUUAUUUUAGUGUGCUUAUGAUUUAGUGAGUGGUUAUUGUUUUAAAGCAGAAAAAUGCAAUUAAAUAUAUGAUAAAGAUACGUGCAAUAGUUAUAUCAUUGCUUAGAAUAAUCCUCUUACUUUAGAAACAUUUUGUUAUUGGGAUGGAUAAUGUAAAGAAAGAAAUUCAUUCAUAUAAAAUUGUGAAUCCAUAAAGGAUUAAGAUGUUUGUGAAUAAGCUGGAUGCUCAUUUGAUAAUAAGGUUUGUUAAGAAAUAGAAUGUAAUAAUCUUAAAAUUAAUGAUUGUAAUUGGGAACUUGUAAACAAUGAAGGAAAAACAUUUGUGUGUUAAAUUAUUGAGUAAAAAUGUGAGAAAGUAGAAGUAUAAAACCUCAAAAAAGCAAUUUGUAACAAAUUAAUUGGGCAUACAUUUGUAAAUAACGAAUGUAGACGAUGUAACUCAUAUGCUUAAAAUUCUAAAUUAAGAUGA